AUGCAAGGAUACGACGAUAAUACAUAUGGGGAUAGUGAGGAACUAACACACUAUCAACAACAACCACAGCAACAGAUGGAUGAACAGCCCGAGGAAGAAGAAGAACAACAACAGCAACUCGGACAUCCUAUUGUUGAUGAAGCUGAAUUAUUAGCAGCACAAGCAGCAGCAGAAGAGGCAGCAGCACAACAGCAACAGCAACAAGUCGAUGCGUUUAAUAAUGUAGCACAGGGACUUACUGGGAAAUAUCGGGAUAUGAUGAUGCAAUAUUGGCAAGAAACAAUUAAUUCAAUUGAACAUGAUGAACAUGACUUUAAGAAUCAUCAAUUACCAUUGGCUAGAAUUAAAAAAGUUAUGAAAACUGAUGAAGAUGUUAGGAUGAUUAGUGCAGAAGCACCGAUUUUGUUUGCAAAAGGAUGCGAUGUUUUUAUUACUGAAUUAACGAUGAGAGCUUGGAUUCAUGCCGAAGAAAACAAGAGAAGAACCUUACAGAAGUCGGAUAUUGCAGCUGCAUUAACUAAGAGUGAUAUGUUUGAUUUCUUGAUUGAUAUUGUACCUCGUGAAGAAGAGAAACCGAAAAGAGCAUAUGGUCAGUCCAGAUCGGCAAGUUAUGUCAAUCAACCAACAUCAACAAUAGUAGGGCCCUCCUCCUCUCAAGGACCUCCACCCGUCCCAGGACAACAUAUUCCACAAGAGCAGCAGUCACAGCUGCAGCAACCUGGUCCACAUGACGAUACGACGAUACAUGAGCAGCCUGAAGAUGUUUUGAAACCAGAAGGAUCAAAACUGGAUAUUUUGCAGCAACAAUUAUUACACGAACAAAUGUUACAACAACAACUUAUGGACCAACAACAACAGCCGCAUCAGCCACAGCAAGAAAUGCAACAACAGCAACUUCCGCCACCACCUACACAGGAGCAUUCACAACAACAACACCAGUCUUCACAACAGGGAAUACAGGAGGGUGGACUGAUUCAUAAUUCUAUACCUCAUCAAGAGAAUAGAGAGAAUAGUUAUUCAAACUAUAAUGGGUAUCAAGGAACGUUCUAG